AUGAAGCGUUAUGGACUUGCAGCUUUUGAUGGUAAACAAAAGAACGAAAGGUAUCAGGGGACAAGUACAGCUGUUCUCGAUAGACAGUCCAUUGAACUUGAUGAGCAACUAGCGGUUUUUCAAGAAAGGUUACUACAAUUCGCCAAGAAACAUAACAGUGAGAUCAAAGCGAAUCCCGAGUUCCGAUCUAAAUUUAUGCGGAUGUGCACUUCCAUAGGAAUAGAUCCACUUAGUCUUUUCGAUAAGAAUGAACAUCUCUUUAACUUAAACGAUUUUUAUUAUGAGGUUUGCGUCAAAAUAGUGGAAAUUUGUAGGCAGACGAAGGAUAUGAAUGGGGGGAUCGUUUCGUUCGAUGAGUUGGAGAAGGGUUUUUUUAAAGGUUUAAAUGUCACGAUAGCGGAUUUAGAAAAGUCGAUUGAUAUGCUUAAAAGCUUAGAUGGAGGCUUUGACGUAUUUGAGAUUAGAGGAAAGAAAUUUUUGCGAAGUAUACCUAAUGAAUUGACUGGCGACCAAACAAAAAUUCUGGAAAUAUGCUCGAUUUUAGGAUAUGCAAGCAUAUCAUUACUCCGGGCCAACCUGGAUUGGAAACCGGUGAGAAGCAGAGCUGUUUUGAAUGAAAUGGUGGCUAAUGGACUUCUCUGGAUUGAUGAACAAGCUGAUGCUGAAACUCUUUAUUGGGACCCAUCAUGGAUCACCAUGAAGUAA